AUGCCCAGGAGUCUGGAAACCAGUGACCCGCUGCGUUCACAGUCACGGCUCUGUCCACAGCCCUCCCACUUCACACAUUCUGGGAAGCCCCGAUUCCUUCCUGACUCCCGGUCACCAAUGCUACCCCACCCUCCGCCUCGCUCUGAGAACCUCAUGGUGAAAGUGACCCCGAGUGACCCCGAGUGGUUCCCAGCUAAGCCCUCAGCCCGAGACCUCGAGCAGAGAUCCUCUUUCCCACUUUUGCAUUUUGAGAUUGGGGGCGGGGGCGCGUCUCACGUAGCCCAGGCUUCAAACUUGCUUAUGGCUGAGGCUGAGCUAGAACCCCCAAUCCUCCUGCCUCCACCUCCCAGGCGCUGGGAUCAAGGCUCCCUGGGUCGCUCCCUGGGUCGCUCAGGCCGGCCUGAGCUGAUCCUCCCGCCUCACCUCCCGGGACAGAGGGUGGCCGAGCCUGGCCCGCACCUGGCAGGAGUCCACCUUCCCGUCCAGGUAGCCGGCGCACACCAUCCUGUCGGUGAGCGAGUGGCCGUACAGGCUGGCACACAGGCCCUGGUCCAGCAGCUCCACGGUGGCCUUCUGAAGGACCUCCGGCUUGACCACUGCCGGACGGACAGGGAGAAGCGGGGUGAGAGCCGGGAGACGCAGGGCAUCCCCUGGGGUCUGCACACUGACAGCCGAGCACCAGGGCUCCUCCUCACUCUGCCCACGCGUGCUAGGCUCCCAAACGCUCUCACGGACCCGCUUCCUCCUGACAACGGUGACUCGGGGGGACCCCUGGUCUGCGAGGAGCCCUCCGGGAGGUUCUUCCUGGCCGGCAUCGUGAGCUGGGGCAUCGGCUGUGCGGAGGCGCGGCGGCCGGGGGUCUACGCCCGCGUCACCCGGCUGCGGGACUGGAUCCUGGAGGUGACCCGCGCGCCUGCGGUGCCCACAGCGGCCCCUGCGCCCGCCACCCCCGGCCCUCCCCGGCCCACCAGCCCCGGCAGCCCGCCGCCCGGCACCUCGGCCAGACCCACGGCGGCGCCCAGCACCGCACCUCCACACCCCAGCACCGCGGCCAAGCCUCAAGAGUGUGGGGCCAGGCCUGCGAUGGACAAGCCCACUCGGAUUGUGGGUGGACUCAGCGCCGUGUCUGGGGAGGUGCCCUGGCAGGCCAGCCUGAAGGAAGGGUCCAGACAUUUCUGUGGAGCCACCGUGGUGGGUGACCGCUGGCUACUGUCCGCCGCUCACUGCUUCAACCACACCAAGGCAGAACAGGUGCAUGCGCACCUGGGCACGGCGUCCCUGCUGGGUGUUGGCGGGAGCCCCAUCAAGCUGGGGGUGCGGAGGAUGGUUCUGCAUCCCCGCUACAACCCAGGCAUCCUGGACUUUGACGUGGCCUUGCUGGAGUUGGCCCGGCCACUGGUCUUCAACAAGUUCAUCCAGCCCAUCUGUCUCCCCUUGGCCAUCCACAAGUUCCCUGUGGGCCGGAAGUGCAUGAUCUCAGGCUGGGGCAACACACAGGAGGGAAAUGCCACCAAGCCCGACAUCCUGCAGAAGGCGUCCGUGGGCAUCAUAGAGCAGAAGAUGUGUGGUGCCCUGUACAACUUCUCCCUCACGGACCGCAUGCUCUGCGCCGGCUUCCUGGAGGGCAAGGUGGACUCCUGCCAGGGUGACUCUGGUGGCCCACUGGCGUGUGAGGAGACACCAGGUGUCUUCUAUCUGGCGGGCAUCGUGAGCUGGGGCAUUGGCUGUGCUCAAGCGAAGAAGCCGGGCGUCUAUGCCCGCAUCACUCGCCUCAAGGACUGGAUCCUGAAGGCCAUGUCCUCAGGCCCCAGCUCCACGCCUCGCCCGCACACCUCCAGCACGCGGCUUAUCCCUAACCAGCCCCCCAGAACCACAGCUGCUGGCCUCACUGUCCAAGAGGCCACCACCAGACCUGCAACCCCCAGGGCCACCAGCAGGGGGACCACUAGACCACUCAACAGGAGCACCACCAGGGCACAGACUCCAGCCCCGAAUGCCCCAGGCACCACCACGCAUUCCCAGCUGCCAGGCUGCGGCCUGGCGCCCCCGGGGGCGCUGACCCGGAUCGUGGGUGGCAGCGCGGCCUCGCGUGGGGAGUGGCCCUGGCAAGUGAGCCUGUGGUUGCGGAGCAGGGAGCACCGCUGCGGGGCCGUGCUGGUGGCCGAGAGGUGGCUUCUGUCCGCCGCACACUGCUUCGACAUCUAUGGGGACCCUAUGCAGUGGGCAGCCUUCCUGGGCACCCCGUUCCUGAGCGGCGCCGAGGGCCAGCUGGAGCGGGUGGCACGCAUCUACCGCCACCCGUUCUACAACCUCUACACGCUGGAUUACGACGUGGCGCUGCUGGAGCUGGCGGGUCCCGUGCGCCGCAGCCGCCUGGUGCGACCCAUCUGCCUGCCAGGGCCCGCGCGGCCCCCCGAAGGCGCGCGCUGCGUCAUCACCGGCUGGGGCUCGCUGCGAGAGGGCGGCUCCAUGGCUCGGCAGCUGCAGAAGGCGGCGGUGCGCGUCCUCAGCGAGCAGACGUGUCGCCGCUUCUACCCGGUGCAGAUCAGCAGCCGCAUGCUGUGCGCGGGCUUCCCGCAGGGCGGCGUGGACAGCUGCUCGGGUGACGCAGGGGGACCCCUGGCCUGCAGGGAGCCGUCGGGCCAGUGGGUGCUGACUGGGGUCACCAGUUGGGGCUAUGGCUGUGGCAGGCCCCACUUCCCAGGUGUCUACACUCGAGUGGCUGCGGUACUGGGAUGGAUAGGCCAGAACAUCCAGGAGUGACCACCACGUGGCCGGCGACCCCACCCAGCGGAGUUGGUGGCAGGCAAGCACGGGAGUCCCGGAUGGGAACGAGCUGUGGGCUGUAGAUACUGCUCCAAUAAACAGUUCCUGCCCCCAGCUCUGGCUCAGGACCUGUCUCCGCAACAGAGACCU